CGAGCUGGCUGCCCACAUGGUGGACGUGCUGGCGGCAGAGACCGACUUCCAUUCGGGACAGGUGCUGAACAUCGUGUGGACCAUCUACAGAACCCUGCCGGCCGUCAGAGCCGCGCUGGCCCUUCAGAGCCUGGACAGGGCCCUGCUGGUGCUGGCCAGCAGGCACCCCAGGGAGACGGUUGCCAGCCUGCUGCAGUGCUCGCCGACCUGCACCAGGUACGGGGCCCAGCACGGCUCAUCCACCCCGCCCCCACCAGCACCAGCGAGGACAUCAGCCGGGCCGGGGGCGGCCCUGCUGACAGCCCGGGGGUCCCGCAGCGUCGCCGUCACCAUGUGGAAGGCAAUGGUGUCUGAGCCCCCAGCCACAGAGAGGGUGCUGCGGGAGCUGCUGCGCAUCCUCCUGAACCAGUCUGGGCGCAAGUCAUCCACCUCCACCAAGGACCACCCGCGCAUCCUGGCCCUGGCCGCAGCGAGGCCCCUCCACGAGAUCCUCCUGCUGCCUACCAGCCUGGAGGAGGCGAAGGCCAUUUUCCCCCAGCUCUUCCUGGCCCUCCUCUUCCAAGUGUCCUUCGCCAGGGAGCUGACGCUGCAGGAGGUGCAGGUCUUCCGGAAGAAGCACCAGCAGGACCUGCUCACUCCCAUCAGGUCCACGGUGCAGUCCCUGAAAGCGCUGCUCCGCAGCGUGGGCCUGGGGAGCCAGGUGCUGGCCAUCGAGGCGCAGGGCGGCUGGGCCGCGCUUCUCAGCGCCGAGAGCCACCUCUGGGGCGUGCAGGUGGUGGCCAGGGAAAUGAAGGAGUUGCCCAGAGCCCUGCGCGCCACCAUCGUCCGCCACCUGGCCGAGCUACUCAGCAUGGAGGACUCCUCCUGGGAGAUGGUGGCCAUGGUCUUCCUCAGCGAGAUGCUGGAGUGCACAGACCUCGGCAACGAGCUGGGCUGCGUCGUGAGCCUCUUUGCCGCCUACCUGCGGAGCCAGUGCCUGGGCAUGCAGAGCCUGGUGCUCAGGGCGAUCCUGGGGCUCACCAAGAGGCCGGACACGGCAAGGCAAACACUCGUCCUGCUGCCGAGCAUCACAGAGCAGCUGCCGGCUGCAGACAGCGACACCCGCACUGUCGCUCUGCCCGUGCUCAGCACCAUGCUGCGGCUCCUGGAGGGGAGGACGCGCAGCCUCACGGCUCUGGAGCUGGCCGGCAAGCUCCCAUCGCUCUUUGACGACGAGUCAAGUACGGUGCGGGUUCUCUCUAUUCGCCUCUUCCUCGGCACGCUGGCCCUCGUGGAGAGCAGUGAAAAGAAGAAGAUGCGCAAGGAGGUGUGCAGGAGCCUGCUCCCACUGUCCUUCCACCUGCACGACCAGGACGAGAGCGCGGCCGAGGCCUCCCGGGAAGCCCUCCUUGGUGUCGCGCGGUUCCUGCGCUGGAGGCAGCUGGCGCACCUGGCCGAGACGGUGCAGACCUGGAAGAUCGGCGAGUGCCUGGUACGCACAGUUCUGCGCCCGGGGACGGGGAUGGGGACAGGGACGGGGCCGCCCUGCGCUGACCCCGCGCCCUUCCCUCUCCAGCUGGCCCGGAGGAGGAGCGGAGCAGAGGAGUACCUGGGCCAGAGCCUGCCCUACCUGCAGAGCGCGCAGGAGCCCCUGCGGCGGGAGGCUGUGAGGUUCAUUGGGCUCGUGGGGAGGCACCUGGCGGAUCAGCGCAAGAACAAGAGCCAGGACAUCUGCGCAGUCCUUCAAGGCAUGAGGCAAGACCCCUGCGAGUUGGUCUCCUCGCUGGCCAUUCAGACAGUGCUGAUCCUGCAAGCAGCAAGGCCACGCUCGCGGUUCAGCUUUUGGCAGCUGUGCUCCAGGCUGCACAAGGCGUGGAGGAGGCGACGCUCUUCCCCGGCAGGCAGCUGAGCGUGCUGGAAAGCUCCCGGCAUCUCCUCCAGUCUGCGGCGCAGCCCCGCUCCCCGGGCACGUUCCCUCCACUUCUCCGUCCUUCCACGUGCUGGUGGCACGCGCGAACCAGCUCACGAACCCCACGAACAACAGGGCUUCAGCCGUCGCCUCUCCAGCAGCCAGCCUGCUCUAAGGCCCCCGCUUAGCCCAGGGCCGC